GUGGCCAAGCCCACGAGCCUCUACCUGUCGGACACCUACGGGCCGCCCGACGUCACCAGCGCCUACCCCCCCAGCAUGGACAACCACGUGAUGGGGCCCAGCGGGUACGGAGGCAUCCACGGCCCCCCCUCACCCUCCCGCUACUCCCCCGUGCCCAAGUCUCUGAUGGGCGACGAUGACAUGCUGAGCGGGCCGCGCAAGAUCGCGCUGCACAAGGGCUCGACGGGGCUGGGCUUCAACAUCGUGGGGGGCGAGGACGGGGAGGGCAUCUUCAUCUCCUUCAUCCUGGCGGGGGGCCCCGCCGACCUGAGCGGGGAGCUGCGGCGCGGGGACCAGAUCGUGUCGGUGAACGGCAUCGACCUUCGAGGAGCCACGCACGAGCAGGCGGCCGCAGCGCUCAAGGGCGCCGGCCAGACCGUCACAAUCAUCGCGCAGUACAAGCCCGAGGAGUACAGCCGCUUUGAGGCGAAGAUCCACGACCUGCGAGAACAGAUGAUGAACAGCAGCCUGAGCACGGGCUCCGGCUCGCUCAAGACCAGCCAGAAGCGCUCCCUCUACGUGAGGGCGCUCUUUGACUACGACCGCACCAAGGACAGCGGCCUGCCCAGCCAGGGCCUGAGCUUCCGCUUCGGGGACAUCCUCCACGUCGUGAACGCCUCGGACGACGAGUGGUGGCAGGCGCGGCGCGUCACCCCCGACGGGGAGGGCGACCUCAUCGGGGUGGUGCCCAGCAAGCGCCGGGUGGAGAGGAAGGAGCGGGCACGUCUCAAGACGGUGAAAUUCAACGCCAAGUCCAGCACCCUGGACAGCAAGGGGGACUACCCCGGGUUCGGCGAUGAUGCCAUCCGGUCCAAGGCACUCCGUAAGUUGAGCUCCCCCUCUCUCGCUGGUGGUGGCGGUGGUGGUGGCGGUUGUGGUGGUAGUGGUGGUGACUGCCACCGCUAG